AUGACAAAACACUUUCGCUUAGAUAUGGCUCCGUAUUCGGUGAUGGUAACAGGAGCCAAUCGUGGUCUUGGUCUUGGUCUGGUGAAAGAAUUCCUAAAGAACAAGGAGAUUUGCCAAGUUAUAGCAACUGCUCGUAAUCCAGGCGACGCGAAGGACCUUAAGCAAGUGAACGACAGUCGACUGCGUCUCGUACAACUUGACGUAACAAACGAUGAAUCCAUAAAGAAAGCCUAUGUGGAGGUAGAGAAGAUUGUUGGCGACAGAGGCCUCACCACACUGCUGAACAACGCUGGUGUAUGGGUGAAGUAUGUCACAAAGCAAGAACCGAACAGGGCUGAUUUCAUGGCGAAUCUCGACACGAAUGCUGCCAGUGUGGCCAUUCUUACACAAGUAAUUUCUACACUUUUAUUCAACGAAUGCUGCCACACAGGACUGCAUCUCAGAGUUAUACUGAAAGAGCUUACAUUGCAGAGCUUCCUGCCUCUAAUGCGUAAAUCAGCCGCUCAGGUGAAAGGAGAUUUCUCACCGGAUCGUGCUGCCAUUUUGAACAUAUCAGCUAGUUACGGCUCAAUAAGCAAAAACACUACUGGAUCAGGACCACUCAAGGGCCUGUCCUACAUGACGAGUAAGUCAGCGCUCAAUUCCUUGAUGAAGACAAUGUCCAUUGAUUUGAAGUCCGACGGCAUUCUUGUCGCCAAUUUCUGUCCGGGCUGGGUACAGACCGACAUGGGUGGAGCGAAGGCCCCCCUAACGGUUGACCAGUCAGCUGCUGCAUUAGUGUCGUCGUUUGCCAAGUUGGACAAGAAGCACCACGGCGGUUUCUUCAGCAGAACUCUUGAAGCCAAUUCCAUACUGAAUUCAAGAUUAAUGCUAGAUGAACGAUAA